AGCGGCGCCAGCGUGGCACCCGCGCGUCAGCCUCAGGGCCCCUAUUAAGCAGCGCCCCGGCGAAACCGAUAGGGGAGGGAAGGGGUUCCGAUCGGAUCGGGGAAAAGGCCUCCACGAGCUCUCGUCUCGACUGCCGCCGCCGCCCGAGAUGGCGAUCCGCCGUGGGCCCUCCUGCGCCGCCCUCGCCCUGCUCGCGCUCGCCUCCGUCGCCGCGGUCUCCGCCGACGUCUUCUUCCAGGAGAAGUUCGAAGAUGGUUGGGAAAGCCGGUGGGUCAAGUCUGAGUGGAAGAAGGAUGAGAACAUGGCUGGUGAAUGGAACCACACAUCUGGAAAAUGGCAUGGAGAUGCUGAGGACAAAGGUAUCCAAACCUCAGAGGACUACAGGUUCUACGCCAUCUCGGCGGAGUACCCUGAGUUCAGCAACAAGGACAAGACACUUGUGCUGCAGUUCACGGUGAAGCAUGAGCAGAAGCUUGACUGCGGUGGUGGUUAUGUCAAGUUGCUUGGAGGUGAUGUUGACCAGAAGAAAUUCGGUGGCGACACACCAUACAGCAUUAUGUUUGGACCAGAUAUCUGUGGGUACAGCACCAAGAAGGUUCACACUAUCCUUACUAAGGAUGGCAAGAACCAUUUGAUCAAGAAGGACGUGCCUUGCGAGACCGAUCAGCUGUCGCAUGUGUACACUUUGAUCAUCCGCCCUGAUGCCACAUACAGCAUUCUCAUUGACAAUGAAGAGAAGCAAACUGGAAGCAUCUACGAGCACUGGGAUAUUCUUCCUCCCAAGGAAAUCAAGGACCCAGAAGCUAAGAAGCCAGUGGACUGGGAUGACAAGGAGUACAUUCCUGAUCCCGAGGACGUCAAGCCAGAGGGCUACGAUGACAUUCCCAAGGAAGUCACCGAUCCUGAUGCUAAGAAGCCUGAAGAUUGGGAUGAUGAGGAAGAUGGUGAAUGGACUGCCCCAACCAUCCCCAACCCAGAGUACAAGGGCCCAUGGAAGCAAAAGAAAAUCAAGAACCCUAACUACCAGGGCAAAUGGAAGGCACCUAUGAUUGCCAACCCAGACUUCAAGGAUGAUCCUUACAUCUAUGCUUUCGACAGCCUGAAGUACAUCGGAAUUGAGCUGUGGCAGGUCUGUUCUGAUUGCCAAGUAACUCGUCAAUUCUGUCAGGAAGACGGAACAAAUAGUCAUGCCUUUUCUUAUGUCUGCAGGUUAAGUCAGGAACUUUGUUUGACAACAUUCUCAUCACUGACGAUGCUGCCUUGGCCAAGACAUUUGCUGAAGAGACCUGGGCCAAGCAUAAGGAGGCUGAGAAGGCUGCUUUUGACGCGGCUGAAAAGAAGAAGGAAGAGGAGGAUGCUUCCAAGGCUGGUGAGGACGAUGAUGACUUGGAUGAUGAGGAUGCCGAUGAUGAGGACAAGGAUGACAAGGCUGGGUCUGAUGUCGAGUCUGAUGACGAGAAGCACGAUGAGCUCUAGAUGGAUGGUGAGGAUGAGAGGAGGCCGCCUGCCUUCGCGCCGGUGCCAUGAUUUAUUAGUUGUCUCUCAUUAUGAUGUUCCCCUUUUUGUGAUCAGAAACUUGACAAGUUACUGUGUGUAGAAGAACAACAUCACCGUGGGGUCUUUGUAGCGCUUUUGUAGUCCAAUUUUUACCGGAAGGGAACUUUAUAGUCGUUAAACGAGCAAAAAAUAAAAAAUCUUGCACUAGUCUUCA